UCUUGUCAACAAAGACAAGCUUUACAUGACGGAUGACAGUGACAUUCUAAUGAUAAUAAAAACAAAAAGUAUUUGCCUGUUAUUGUGAAUUAUUUAGAUUUUUGUAAUAUGAUCAGAAAAACUGUGAUAGUCGUAAUACUGAAUAUAAUCUUACAGGUCUCAGGAGAUUAUGACAUUAUGCUGACACAUGAUGGUCCAAUUAUAAAAGGUGGCACUAUACAUUUUACAGCAGUUGUAACUUCUAAUGACCAACCUGUACUAGAAACCUUAAAAUUUGUAUGGAUGGAUAAUGGAAUACCACAGCACACUAGAGAGAAUGAUGAAGUUAACAAUUCUACAGAUACUUGGACUAUAACAUACACUGCAGGCGUCUAUCCAGCUGGAAUUUAUACAGCUCAAGUAGUUAUAUAUAAGUGCAGUUUUGUCGUCUACUGCCCUGAAAAAGGCUCAGCAAGGAUUAACUUUGUUAUAACAGAAAAUCUUAAUGGAGACUUCCUGUUACUGCAAGGAAAUCAAUCAUUAACGAAUAAUUUCGUAUCGACUAAAAAGGAAGUGAUACACGCAGUAAAAUUAAAGCAAUCAGAUGCAGACUUUAUCAAAACAGCUCCUACAAUUAGAACUUAUUGGUUUGUAGACUGUGUAUAUUAUGGAAUUACCAAUGAGUUCAAAUUUGCUCAUACUUACCCGGAUCCAUAUCAGAACCACACUGUUGAAGCCUUGGUAGAGGCUGAUUGCACUCCAUUGCCAACCACAACAGCAGCACCUACUACUACAACAACCAAAGUUACAACUACUACACCAAAGCCAAGUACAACAGCAAGCACCACUACUAAGCCAACUACAAAAACUACUACAGUUAAACCAAAUGCAAUAACAAUAACUUCAAAUAAGCCAAAAGUCAGAAGACAUAUAACUAAUCCUACUGUGAAACCACAAUCAAACAUUAAAGUUUGGGUCAAUAAUACAUUAGUUCCUUAUAAUGUAUCUUUUCCGUAUGUUUGUAAUAGCUCUUACCUGGCGACUGAUCCUAAGAAAUUUUAUGGAUAUUUUUAUAAAAAAUUUCAAGCUAAAGAUCCUUUGUCGAACAUAACCGUCACUGGUAAUAAUUGGCUGCAAACAGGUGACAUGCUGUCUCUAAAAGUACAAUGCUAUGGUUCCCAAAAUUUCGAGUAUUGUGUUAAAUAUGUAAAAGGAGAAUAUAAUGUGACAGGCAACGAAACUUGUAAAUAUUAUGACACAUUAGAAACCUGCGCGUUUUCUGUUAUGAGGUAUCUAAAUGUUCCUAAGACGACUAUAUUAAUUAUCGUGAAAAAUGACCUCAAUAAGAUAGUUCAACCAGUAACUAUCAACAUCUAUAGUGUGAAGAAACAGGGUCAGUUAUCAGUUAUUGUUGUCCCUGUCGCCUUUAGUUUAGCAGCAGUUGUAUUAAUUGUAUUUGGCGUUGCCUACUAUUUCCAAAAUAGAAGCAGGUUUAUAAUUGAAGUUGCUGAUUUCAACUUCGGCAGACAGUAUAGUGAUAUGGAGUAUAAAACUUUCAGAGAGAGACUAAGAGAUUCAAUCGCCAACGCCUUUACUCGAACACCUACACCUAGCUCGUCAGAAGUACCAGUUUGGCCUCCUGGUAGAAAAUACGGUAGCAUGACAUGAUAUUGGAAUGGAACCCAACUUGUCAUCAGGGAUCCCCCCAUGGAUGAUAAUGAUAAACUGCAACAAUAUUUUUAAUCUUAUAUUUUAUUUGACUUCACUUAUUUAAAUAUGAUUAUUUUUGUUUUUCUAAUAUAUUUAGAUUUUUAAUGCCUUACUUUUAUGUAUCAUUUUAUUAGGCUUUUAUUUUGUCUUCGUUUUGUUCUCUUUGCUAUAGCCCGUUGUAAAUUUAUGAGAUGGCGAACAAUUUUCUUGAAAUUAUUUAUUUAUUUUUAGUUUGAAUUCUGAUUUCUCGAAUAUAAAAAUGUAUGAAAUUUUUAAUUUUUAAUAUUAUGUUCUUGGUAAUCACAUUUUUUGAUUUAAACAUGGUUAUAGUAUGCGUAAAAUUGCAAUGAGCUAUAGCAAUAUUCACGAAGUGAAUAUUAUUUCUUAUCUGUUGUGGGGCUUUAGAGACUUUGUAAAAUAGUAAACAUAAUCAAAUUUUAUUCUGAGAAUAGAAAUAACGAUUAAAUUAUAGUCGAUAAAUUGUAGCCGCUGCUUUUAUUAAAUUUCUUAAUAAAAUUUCCAUUCCAAGCCUAAAAACACGAAUUUUUUAAAACGAAAUAAAAUUUGAAAGACAAUUUUAAUUGCAGCUAAAUUUGAGUUUUUCUAUUGAAAAAGGUAAUUAACUUAAUGUGAUCAAUAUUUUAAUUUCUUCAACAGGUUUUAGAUUUCUAAUAUUAAAAAAAUCAUUAGACAUCCUACAAAAUAGUACAACGUGAACAUAGCCUCGAAUGAACCACCACGGAACAAAUAUUGGUGUUUGGCAGUGUUGCCAUGUCCUUAUAAUACCCAACCUAUACAUUAUAAGAGUAUUACAACACUGUCAAACUCCAAUAUUUUGUUCCGUGGAGGUUCAUUCAAGGAUAUACAGGGUGUCUGCGUAACUUGGAACCAUAUGAGAAACUUUUUUAAUAUCAAUUUUACGAAAAAAAGUCAUUCUUUAUAAAGUGCUCUGCAUAGUCUAAAAUCUAAGAUGCAAUCAUCAGAUAUCAAAUUUUGUCAACAGUAUACGAGGUAUGUCAAAAAAUAUUAAUUUCGCUCAAGAGCAAACUACCUUUAUAUUUCAAAAUAUCAAAAAAUUUUAUUAUGAAAAGUUAUUUGUAAUUAAAAACCAUAUUCAAAUAUGAAAUAACAGCCUUCUACUUGAAAAAAAAUUUCUGAAAUUUUCCUAAAUUACCGACUCCGAACAUUAUUUUUAUUUAUUAGACAUGUAAUAACUCUUUUAUUAAUAAUUUUAGGAAAAAAAGUUAUUUUUCAUAAAAAUCUGUGCAUGGUCUAAACCUCAAGAUGCAACCAACAGUUAUCCAAGUUUGUUAAUUUUAUACGAGGUGUGUCAAAUAAUAUGAAUUUAGAAAGAAUUUUUUCUAAAUUCUUUCUAAAUUCAUAUUAUUUGACACACCUCGUAUAAAAUUAACACACUUGGAUAACUGUUGGUUGCAUCUUGAGGUUUAGACCAUGCACAGAUUUUUAUGAAAAAUAACUUUUUUCCUAAAAUUAUUAAUAAAAGAGUUAUUACAUGUCUAAUAAAUAAAAAUGAUGUUCGGAAUCGGUAAUUUAGGAAAAUUCCAGAAAUUUUUUUUUCAAGUAGAAGGCUGUUAUUGCAUAUUUGAAUAUGGUUUUUAAUUACAAAUAACUUUUCAUAAUAAAAUUUUUUGAUAUUUUGAAAUAUAAAGGUAGUUUGCUCUUGAGCGAAAUUAAUAUUUUUUGACAUACCUCGUAUACUGUUGACAAAAUUUGAUAUCUGAUGAUUGCAUCUUAGGUUUUAGACUAUGCAGAGUACUUUAUAAAGAAUGACUUUUUUUUUCGUAAAAUUGAUAUUAAAAAAGUUUUCCAUAUGGUUCCAAGUUACGCAGACACCCUGUAUAACGUUACACUAUUUUUUAAGAUGUCCAAAUCAUUGUGUAUAAGAGACAAUGGUAAAGUGUCAUAAGCAGUAAUUGGGAACUAUUAAAAAUAAUACUGUACGGGUAUCUCUGUCUGCACAAUCUCUAAUUUACAUUUAUUCAAAAUUUAUAUGUCUUUCCAGUAAUUUUUAAUAAAUUUAACAGUUUUUCUUUCUUUCAUUGCAAGUUAUAUUUACAUAGAUCUUUUUUUAAUUCAUUAGCUAAUCUCCAUUGUGCCACUAGUAUGGAUAUUUCUAACCAGACUUCUUAAAGUUUGUUAUUAUGAUUUGAAACAAAAGAAGGUCAUGAAUAUUACAAAAAGACCUACUCUCAUACCUCAUUUUAUGAUGAUUAAUUUUUCUUAUCAAUGGAUAAUGAACAUAUAAAGCACAUAGUGUUUGCUCCCCCCUUGUCUGGCUUUAAAAUUUACAUAAUAUUUACCUUUUGCUUUUAAUGUCUUUUCUGUUUUGCUGAUUUGUUUUGCUCUUUUUAUCCUAAUUCUCUGUUUAUAAAGUUUUCUUCUAUAGUUAUUUCUACUUUCUCCAUUUUUUUCAAAUAUACAUUUUCUUGUAUUAACUCAUUCCUUUAUAAGAUAAAGUUUUCAAUCCUAAUAGCAUUAUUAAUAAUAUUUAAAAAUAUUAAAAAUAUUACCUACUAAAAGAUUUUUAAAUUGAAAACUUAUUGGUCCAUUUUCUUGGUAACACCUCCAAGGCUUCUAAAAUUUACAAGCCAUAUGGAUGCUGAAGCGAAGAAGACAAGAGGGAAUUCAAAAACUUACAAUUCACGACCCCGUCUGUUCAGCUGGUAAAUUCAAACAGAAAAUGGACCUAGUUACUCAAAGGAGUAAAGACUAAUAUAAAAAUAAAAUAAAAUUUCAUUUUUAAUUCAGUUGCAAUGCGAAGGCAAAACAAUCUUAUUUUUCAAUUAGAAUACGGAGCGCAGUCCAGCCCUCUGAAUCGCGAUUUUCGACUCUAAUUGGAGUCUCAUCGGAGAGAGCGUAGGCUUGUUCUCCAUAUUCUAACCGAUCAGUACCGAGAGCUUUUCCCACCCAUUGCAACUGAAGUGAAAAUAUUAGUCUUUACUCCUUUGAGUAACUAGGUCCAUUUUCUGUUGGAAUUUACCAGCUGAACAGACGGGGUCGUGAAUUGUAAGUUUUUUGAAUUCCCUCUUGUCUUCUUCGCUUCAGCAUCCAUCUGGCUUGCAAAUUUUAGAAGCCUUGGAGGUGUUACCAAGAAAAUGGACCAAUAGGUUUUCAAUUUAAAAAUCUUUUAGUAAUAUUUUAAUAUUUUUAAAUAUUAUUAAUAUUGCUAUUAGGAUUGAAAACUACUUCAUCUUUCAAUUGCCAGAUGACGCUAGUCACCUAAUAUUUUCACUUCAGUUGCAAUGGGUGGGAAAAGCUCUCGGUACUGAUCGGUUAGAAUAUGGAGAACAAGCCUACGCUCUCUCCGAUGAGACUCCAAUUAGAGUCGAAAAUCGCGAUUCAGAGGGCUGGACUGCGCUCCGUAUUCUAAUUGAAAAAUAAGAUUGUUUUGCCUUAAGAUUAUUUAAUAUUUUAAGAUUAUUUAAUAAGAUUUAUUUUAUUUUCAUUCCUUUAUAGUUUAUUUUCUCUUUCAUGACCUGUAUCAUUUGCUCUACUAUAUUUCUCAGAAUUUUUUAAAUAUCCCAAAGCCCCUUAUUUUUCCUUUUGUUGGCAUCUACUAGUUGCCUUGUUAAUUCGUUUAUUUCAUUGUUGUUAUUUAUUUCAUUUAUUUUUGUUUUUGUCGUAUCUGGUGUGCACUGUAUUUUUUACUUCUGGCAAAUAUAUCUUCUGGUUCAUCUUCUUCUUCGUUUUAUCAUCAUCUGAUAUAUUAUGGUCAUAAGAGCAAUAAAUCUUCUGUAUGUAUUACCUUUUUAGUCUCAAUUUCACUGACGCAUUUAAACUUUUUUGGAAUUUGAACUUUUAAACUUUGGAUUCAUCAUGAUCGGUAACGUUUUCUUAUUAUUUAACUAACGCGAUUAUGGUUUUUAUUGCGGAAAAAUAAUAUGGUGGCCUCCCCUUACAUUCGCUUUGCAAAUAUAAUUUUUUGUGUAUCCCACUAUGCUGUGGUAGUAAGUUUUAAUACAGCCUUCUAGGAAGACACCAAUGGAUGACUAUAACCCCCACAUGAAAUUGCUAGUUCUCCUUUUGUUGCUAUUUUUAAGAGCACACAGUAGCGAUCAACAGGUAGCAACAAACGCGGUCCAAGAUUGCGAAAGUUCUGCGAACUUUCAAAAGUGAGGCAACAGUGCGUCGGUAACUCGACACUGACAGUGACGUUUAUACUAUCAAAAACAAUAAUUAGUUUUUAUACACAUAGGCGCGAAUUGUUGCCAAGUCAGUGACGUUCGAUUUCUUGUUAUAAAAAAAUCGAUUUUUAGUAGUUCCAAUGUGACACAAAAUCUAGGGACGGGAUAAAAAAGUUUAUUUGAAGAAAGUGUAUUUUUGCCUUUCUUAAUGGCGGUACAGGCUCCUUUUUUCAAUAUUUUAUUUAGUUAUAGAGUGAUUUCCACAUGCUAACAUAUUUCUGAAAUUGGGCUCUGUACCGCCAUUCUUUAUUAUAUUACGAAUAUGUGUGCCAAAUAUCUCGACAAAAUAUUCAAAAUUAGAGCCGCAAUCUUGGAACGCGUUUGUUGCUACCUGUUGAUCACUACUGUUUGCUCUUAAAUAUACUAUUUAAUAAACAAGUUUGAAUCAUUUUUUUCAGAAUACCAGUACAAUAAUAGAUAUUUAUAAAAAAUACGUUCAAAAUUUAUACGACAGCAGAGUUAUCCGUAGUAUUGAAACGAAUAAAAUGUUCGUUAUAUUCCAACAUUUUUAGUAAUGUCAAUUAAGAUUUUAUUUUUUAUUAAGAAAUAAAAAUUACAACUGUUAUUAAACACUAAUCAGUUAUGAGAGAGAUAAAAUAUUAAACAAAUACUUAUAUGAGAGUGUGAUGAUAUGUCUGGUCUUAGCUUGUAAUGUACUCAAAUAGUCUUAUGAUAAUUACUCUGUAUUAGUUAUUAAUACCCCUUAUUUGUUAAAGUGGUCCUCUCGUUUAAAAAAUAAUUACGAAUAUAACAAGUGGUCAUGUUUGCUGUAUCGUUGGGAAUCACGAGUUAAGUUUCUUGUUUUAUUUCACAAUCAAUAUAAUUUUCUAACAACUAAUAUUGUGAUUCAGAAACAUUUUUUUAUAAAUCGCCUUCAAGUUGGUUUUGCUUUUGUAUCAACCGUAAUAGAUAGGGUGAUUCAUUAAGAAUGUCCAGUCUCUGGGUUGUAGAUUCUAGACCUCAAAAUAUUACGAUUCUGCCCAAUAUGCCUUAUUUUAAUAUUCAAGCUAUUGCCAAUGUUCUAGCAAUAUCUACCUGUUUUAUGAAUGAUCCCUUGUUGAUGUCCUUUCACACCUCCAACAGUAGCACACUGCUGAGCUGAAUAAUAAUGAGUCUUAUAGAUAGCUGGUACAGGUUUACCUUCAGUUUCCGAAGAGGACCACAUUUUUUGAGAGAUGUUUUCGAAAAUGCAACUUUUUAUAUAUAAACAUGAGAACAUGUUAAUCAUUUAUAUGAAGAAGAGCCAAUCAUUUUAUAUAUAAAAUGUUUAUCGACUGUUGAAUAGUAUUCGACAGUGUUUUUUAACAUGCAGUCAUUUACACAAUUAUUUAUCAUUAAAUAACGAGGCCUACAUCUCAUAUGAUUAUCUUAGCUGGUAAUAAAUUGAUUAUUAGAUAAUAAGAAUUUUGUCCACAAACAGGAAAAAAUUAAAACCAGUUUCAAAAUUCACGAAGACUGUACCAGUGUUAAUUAUUUGUUAAAUAUGACUGUAUUUUAAACAAUAUUGUCAAAUAGAGAUGUAUUUGUAUAUAUAGGUUCAAAUGUUUAUUUUUUGUAUGUAAAAACUGCGUAGAAAUAUAUAAUAAAUAUAACAAGAUUGUA